GUGGUGGAUAUGACGGCGAAUACAAAACUGGUCUGCUGCUCCCGCAUUCACUUGAACGACGUCGACGAGCGAACAUUUGCUGCUUAUCAACGACUUUAAUUCAAAUAAUUAUUAUUCAGUCAACUGAUCUGCAUACAUCAACAAAAUGGGCUUGGAAGAUUACAAAGAACUGGUGGCGAAUGUUGCUUCCGUUUGCACUAUGGGACACAUGCUCUCUGGAACGCUUGUGUGCAAAGACAUCUUCAAAAAAGGAUCAUCUGAGGGAUUCGAUGCCAAACCUUUCGUCGGUGGUAUUGGAAUAGGAAUGCUCAUGUUUCAAUACGCAUUCAUAUUAAAUGAUCCGGCAAUGAUCAAGGUCAAUAUGUUUGGGUUGACGACAAGUAUCCUCUACGUAACUGUCUUUUAUCUUUAUUCUCCAAACAAGACCGCGAUGAUGAAAUUAAUAGCCAAGACAUUGGGAUUAGCAUCAAUAUUCUUAGCCUACGCUAAAUUUGAAAACCCAGAGUACAUUGAGUUUAGAUACGGUCUGUUGACGACAGUAUUAUUGCUGAUGCUCAUUGGAACUCCGCUUAUGAAUCUCGGUCAAGUCAUAAAGACCAAGAGCACGGAAAUUCUUCCAUUUCCACUGAUAGCCAUGGGGACUGUCGUAUCUUUCCUAUGGUUACUUUAUGGCAUCAUAAUUGAUAACGGAUUUAUUGUCUUCCAAAACGUCGUUGGGUUGUUUUUAUACAUCGUCCAGUUAUCGUUGUUUGCUAUCUUCCCAUCAAAGCCUGCGGAAGUAACUUCUAGCCAUUCUAAGAAGGAGUAGAAUUAUAAAUUUUUAAUAUUUCUUUUAAAAGACGUUUAUUUUUUAAACUAAACUAGGUCAAUUUGUAUGUUACUACACGAGCUGGCCUCGGUUCAAGUUAACUAAUAACGAAUUUCUUUAAAUCUUGUAAUGCAAUAAUGCACGAAGCUAUUUUUUAUAAAAACAAUUUAUCAGAUGUUAUAUUAAUCAAAAAUUUAUUCGAUAUUUUUUAUAGAAGCAAUUGUGUACAUCUAAAAAAAUUAUAGAUUAUAUUAAUCAAUUAUAUUUUUAUUGCAAUAUUUACAAUUAUAUUAAUAUUUUUAACUGGUCUGUGUAAUUAUAAUCCCUGUAAACUAAUUUGUUAAUUU